AUGAAUGCAAACUUUGAUUUUGUCAUCAAAACCAAUGAGACAUACAUUCAACCCAACGAACAGUUCAACAGUUUUAUGAUUAGCUCGAAGACCAUCGCCGAAGACAUGGUCUGCGAGCCAUCCAAUGGUGACAAUGAGGUGAAGACAUCGGCGCUGCCGAAGCCGACCGAGAAGUUUGUGGACUUCAUUGUCAAGCAAUACAAAGACGAUGGCUUUGUCUGCACUCUGGAUGAGAAUGAGAGACAAAUCUAUUACUGCUAUUACUGUCACCAAUACAUCCAUGACUUCGACCUCAUCCCCACUCACAUUGAUAGCGCACAGCACCUGAAGAAUAUAUUGAAUGGCAUUUCAUUCACUCGAGGAUUGGAUAAAGAGUUUGUUAUGGAGUCCACCACUGAUGAGAAGCCUACGAAUUUGUUCAAACUGUUGGACAAAGUGUUGACACGAAUGCCUCUGCAUCUGAAGCACUAUUACUUCCGCAACGGUAUCCGAGUUAUGAAUGUGAAGACGCCGAGUGGUUACUUCUGCACAUUUUGCAAUCAACCCAUCGCUGACUACAGAGGGAUUGAGCCUCAUUUGGCACUAGAGAGCCAUGGAUUGAGUCAACAAAAGCCAACUUUAAUGCAAUUAAUAGAUAAGUCAGACGAAGAUUUGUUGCGAAUCGGUCUCCAAUUCAUUAGCGAAGACAUUAUAUCGGACACGUGUGUAGUCUAUGAGUGCGAACUCUGCAAUUGCUUUGAUUGCGAUAACGAGAAAAUGUUUUCACACAUCAAGAGCUUUAAGCACCGCAAGAAUAUUCUUAAAGAAUACAAUUACGAUAUAAUCGACUUAUCGGAGAUUGAUAUGGAGACCAGUCUUAGGGAUAUUCAAGAGAAACAUGGAAUCAGUUGUAUUAAGACAUGUAAUAGAUAUACGCGGCUUAAAGAAUAUCCAGAACCAGUACCCGAACCCACUCCUAUACCUGACCCUAACCCUGAACCUAAGCCUAGUCCUACACCGCAGAUACCAUUGGUUGAUAUUAAGGAUAAUGAUAACGAUGUGUCGGAAUCUCCGAAAGACAACGCUUUCAUCAGAGAAGACAUUCUUUUGCCGAACUUCGAGAGUCAUAAAAUCAUCAAAACUUACGAAAGCGACGGCAAAGACAUUUAUUAUUGUUGUUAUUGUGAUCUCUACUACCAUUCAUUCAAAGAUAUCAAACAUCACAUCAGAUUCGAUGCCAUCCAUACAAAAAAGAAAAUAUCGCCAAAUAAUGAUGUAUUGAAUACGAUCGCCGAGAAGGACGCGUCGCUGCAGACGUCAGAUGUGUUGAAACAGCAGAUCUCAAGAAUCGAGAGUAGGAUUGGUUGCGGUUUCGUUAAAAGGAACCCUUUUUUCGACCAACAAAUCACUGACAAAAUAACUCAAAUUCAAACGACAAACGACGCGAGACGUCGGCAUAAACUGAAACUAUUGAGGGCUCAGAACAAUGACAGCGAUGACUGUGAUAUGCCUGAAGAACAACUGUUGUCUCAAUUCAAUGAGUUGUUUGCUGUGAAAUUGUGCGAUGAAAACGAGGUGCCAGUCCUCGUCUCAAUCAUUGAAUCACUCAAAGAUAGUUUAAUCGCUUAUUAUAAGCCACAGAAUGACAUCAAUUGCCCCACAGAUACGAGUUUAUAG